GCGCCCGUCCCUCCGACGCCGGCGCUUGCGUUGCCCAACCUGGCCAACGUGGACCUGGCGAAGAUCAGCUCCAUUCUCAGCAGCUUGACGUCCGUCAUGAAGAACACAGGUGUCAGCCCCGCCUCGAGACCUUCUCCGGGAACCCCGACGAGCCCGACUGCUCUUACCAGUGGCCUGAAGACUCCUGUCGUGGGGACUCCAUCUGCUCCUUCAAACCCGUUAGCGAAUAUUCUCUCCAAAGUCGAAAUAACUCCUGAAAGUAUUCUGUCGGCUCUCUCCAAAACCCAGACUCAGACCGCACCAGCCCUGCAAGGUCUGUCGUCCUUGCUUCAGAGUGUUGCUGGAAACACCGUUCAGUCGAGCGAAACUGCCUCGCAAAGCACUUCGGCGUCGCCAGCCAACACGACUGUUCCUUGCGUGAAGGGGAGGAACGUCCCUUCCAGCACUCAGUCCUUUAUAUCCAAAAGUUUUGGUUAUUCUCCGAACUCGUCUACUGCUGAGGUUUCCUCGACUUCGGUUAACAAGGCUCCCGUUGGACACACCCCAGGGCUGUCGGGCUCCAGUUUUAAGCCGCCAACCAAUUCCCUGGGAUUUUCCGGUUCCCACCCUACCAGCCCUUCCUCCCUUUUGCCGACAGAAACCUCACUGGGUCAGUCCUCCGAAAUUUCAAAAGCGAAGCUGGAAUCGGAACCCCCUUCUCCCAGCCUGGAGAUGAAGAUCCACAACUUCUUGAAGGGAAAUCCCGGCUUCAGCGGCCUGAACUUGAAUAUCCCGAUUCUCAGCAGCUUAGGGUCCAGCAUCGCAACGGAGAGCCACGCGCCUGACUUCCAGCGUGGUCCUACCAGCACUUCCAUGGACAAUGUGGACGGGACGCCGGUGCGCGACGAGCGAAGCGGGACGCCCACGCAGGACGAGAUGAUGGAUAAGCCGACGUCGAGCAACGUCGACACUAUAUCCCUCCUGUCAAAAAUCAUGAGCCCCGGCUCUUCUACUCCCAGCAGCACGAGGUCCCCUCUUCAGAGCCGGGACGACGGAUAUUCCCAAGAACUCCCCAAUUCCGUGCACACCUACCGGCCCUUCGGCCUCGGCAGAGAGUCUCCGGCCAGCCUGUACAAGCAGCCCACAGACAGCAUGGAGAUACCCUCCUCUUUAAUGGACUCCUCCCAGGAGAAGUUUUACCCAGACACGUCUUUCCAAGAAGACGAAGAUUAUCGCGACUUCGAUUACUCCGGGCCGCCGCCGUCGGCCAUGCUGAACCUGGAGAAGAAGCCCGCCAAGUCCAUCUUGAAAUCGAGUAAGCUCUCCGAAGCCGCAGAGUACCAGCCGGUCCUGCCCAGCUACGGUCAAAGAUCGCAGGAGUUCGGCGUGAAGUCGUCCUUCCCUCAGUCCAUGAGGUCUAUCCUCGAUCAGAGCGAGAGCUGCGACCCGCUGGCCUCCUCCCCCGGGAUCUACGGGAGCUACGGCCUCCGGGGAAACGACUCCACCUCGGACGGCUCCCCCUCGCCCAGCAAGAACGACGUGUUUUUCGCACCGGACUCCAACCACAACAACUUACCCAAGUCGGUGGUGCACUCUGGCCUCUCCCAGAAGCAAUACCCGGACUCGCCCCACUCGAUUCCCCACCGCUCGCUUUUCUCUCCUCAAAACGCCCUCUCCAGCCCCGCCGGCAGAGCGCCGGCGGCGAGCGUGGAGAAAUCGUUGGGUUCUUCCAUUUCCGCCACCUCGACCAUCGAGUUCAAGAACAUGCUCAAAAACGCCUCCCGUAAGCCCUCCGAGGAGAAGCAUUUCGGCCAGAUUUCCAAAAGCAGCUCCGGCGAGGGGGUGGGCUU